AUGGCAUUUGACCACGGGGGUGCCCAGGAGCGCACGAAGACUCUCGAUAUAGGCUUCAAUGGUGUUUCUCUGUCGACUGACUUUCGUGGGACGAUUCUGCAAAUAAGUGCAUUCCAUCCAAAGCAUGGCAUUGUUCUGGCGGAACCAUAUGAGCAAUUCGAUGGAACCAGAUUCAGAGACACUCCGUAUGUACGAGAGUACCGAGCCCGAAUGUUGAAGUCUAUCAAAACGGGCAAGCCAGGCUUCGGGUUGCGCUUCGAUGUCGAGUCCCGAGACACCAAGAUAAAUCUCGACGGGUUGGGGCGAGCAACAGUAUCUUUCCGCACAGUUGACGGACUUGCAAUCACGACGUGUCUGCGCGUCACCGAGGAUGGAGAGGUCAUUCAAUCUUUGGAGGUGAAGUCUUCUUGUGACUCAACGUGCCAUCUGAGGUACACCAUGGACUAUGGUAUCAGCGUCAACCGGGCAUCGUAUGGACAACUUACUGAGGGUGGGCCGAUCCCAAUUCCCAAGUCAGAGAACAAAUUCAGUUUCGCCGACAGCGGCCGGGGCUUUUUGAUCGUCAACGUUCCCCUUGGUGCACACCUUCAAGGACAUAUGGAAAGCGACGGUCAGCUGGUAGAUAUAGAGGAGGCUGUCCAAGAAAAGACUUUCGUGAACUCCCCCGUACAAGCAGCAUAUUCUCAGACCUUGGAGGUUCCGCCACGAGCGUCGAGGACGCUGACAGCAAAAUUCAACUUGCGACCGGGAACAAUUUCCCAGACCUCUCGCGGCGCAGAUAUUUCACCUGCCGCCGGGCUGCCGCUGCUCUGGCGAGACCACCAAGAGAAUAUCGGCAAAUUGAUCGUGCGUCGGAAUCUUGAGUACAUUCUGGGUAAUUGCGCCGUCCCACUCUCGCCUUCCAAACAUGCCAUUCAAUUCUUGAUCCACGUAUAUCGGAACCUUGGUAAAUUGACAGAUCGAGAAACCUGCGCCGCUUACGGCGAAGUAAUCAAGGCCACGGCGAAGGGCCAUCUGACCUGGAUCUUCCGAUAUGCACAGCGGCCCCACCAGUUUUGGCAUCGGUCAUAUCUCACGACGGGCCGGCCCAAAGACGGGGCAGUUUUCCAGCUGGACCAACAGUGCUAUCCGCUACUGGAAAUCUGUGACUUCUGGGAGACCUUUCCAGGGGAGCAGGCAUUUGUGGAGGAAAUUCUGAAAUCAGAUGCUGUGUCUCAAGUCUUGGACCUCAUUGAAUCAAAGAAGGAUCCUUCCACGGGACUCUUCUCGACCGAUGAAACUCCAGGCGAUGACGAGGUGGAAUAUCCGUUCCACUUCUCUAGUCACGUCUUGUUAUGGCACGCGUUGUCCAAGCUUGCGAAGGUGUUGAUGCAGGUGACGAGUUCUUCCAUGGGGAAGAGACUGGCUGGUUUCGCCGAAGAUGUGCGUACCGCAACAUUGAAGCACUUCCUGUGUUCUGAUCCAAUGCGAGGUGCGCCGUCCUUCUCGUACCUGGUGGAUGGAAUUGGUCACCGGACAUUUUACCACGAUGCCAAUGACCUGCCAACCCUUCUCGCUCCUCUGUGGGGUUUCAUAAGGACCAGCAACGAGAAGCAAGCGUGGCACAACACCAUGAACUUUGCAUUCACGGCUGCAAAUGAAGGAGGGUACUAUGGAGAGGGAGCCUUUGGAGGUCUAGGAAGCGUCCACACGCCAGGACCGUGGACACUGGGAUACUUCCAGGAGUGGAAGUACGCCCAGAUGACCGGCAAUACUCAGGGAGAAACUGUCGUAUGGAAGAAGAUCUGUGGCGCGAUGUUGUGGGAUGGGACAUUCUCGGAAGCGGUCGACGGUCACUCGGGGAUUUCGAAAUACAUCGCCAACGUAAGCGGGAGCCUGAAGAUCACCGAAACUGCGAGCGAUCAAUUUUCUACAGCAGUCGGCAAUCUCUCCACCGCUACAUAUUCGGGCGUGACAGGCACAUUCUCGAUCUACAAGAUUGAUUUCACAAAAGCCUCUACCGCAUUCACCAAGAUCGCCUCUGUCCACAAGCGAAAGAUCUUGAAUGGAUCGACGCAUGUAUCGAGCAACCCCUCGAUCAUCCUUGCCGCGGAUUCUGAGCAGGAAAUCAUCUACGAUAUCAAUGCGGUCACGGGAGUCGUUUCCGCUGCCAUUCAAAGCGUAUACGCGCACGCAUAA